AUAUACUGUUUGUAAUAAAUUUAAAAAAUGAAAAGUUUUGUGUUUAUAUAUAUCAUUGGCUUUUUGGAUAUAGCCAGUCUUGGUACAAUAAUGCCCUCAUUUAAUCGUCGUCUCAGAAAAUUUGGAGCUACACAUUUCCAAAUAACCCUUUUGGAAUCCUUAUUUUCAAGUUGUCAAUUUAUUACAGGUCCUAUUGUUGGUACAUUAAGCGAUCGUUAUGGUCGAAAACCAUUACUUUUACUUUCAAUGAUAUUCAGUAUUUUUGCUUUCUUUGCUAUGGGACAUUGCUAUGUUUAUCUAUCAAUAGCUGUUAUCCGAUUGAUGCUAGGUUGUUUUAAACAUACUCAGAUGUUAGGUAAAUCAUUAAUUGGAGAUAAUGUUCCUAAAUCUUUACAAUUAAGCACACACGGAAAAUUAAAUAGUGUCAUUUCAUUAGCUUUUAUGAUAGCACCAGUAUAUGGUGGAUAUAUAUCAGAAUAUGAGAAUGGUUUUUACUAUUUAUCAUACUCAUCAGGUUUACUUUGUGUCUUAAAUGCUAUUGUUAUUGCAUUUUGUGUUCCAACCAAAAAAAUUGAGUCAACUAGUCAAAAUAAAAAUAUUUUUCAACAUUUAAAAGAAGUUGAUUGGUUGGAAUAUUGGCCAUUGUUUUUUAUGAAAAUGAUGUAUACUACAACUUUAUCAGUAAUGAUGGUAUCAUUUAUCUUUGUGCUUGGAGAAACUUAUAAGCUUACACCAUCCCAAGUAGGUUGCACAAUAUCGGUUAACAGUUCCAUUGGUGUUUGUACCGGAUUUGCAGUUGCCAGAUUGGAACCAUUCUUUCUUAAAUAUAAUUCAUUCAAAAAGUGUUUCUUUAGCUUUAUUUUACUGUUUUUUGGAUACUUGUGUUUGUCAUUUGCUCCCAAUUUUAUGAUCUUUAUGUUGUGCUUAAUUCCAAUUAGCACAGCUGGUACUCUAAUUGAUGUUUUUUUAAAUCAAAUUCUUUCUGAAACCUGCAAAGAUGAAAAUAGAGGUACUUUAGAAGGUGCCAUGACUAGUUCUAAUUCAAUAGCUCGAUCUAUUACUCCCAUGGUAACUGGAAUGGCUAUGGAUAUAUAUGGUUCUAGUGGAGCGUUUUUAAUUGGAGCUCUAGCUGCUAUUUCUGCUGCAAUAUUAGCUAAAUUUUUUGAUGGUAAAAUCAAACGAUCAUAAAUUUAUAAAUUGUGUAAAAUAUUAUUUUUAACAAUAUAUUUCAAUAAAUCUAAUUUUUAUUAAAUAUG